GAAAAAGAGACCAAGAAACCUAGAAUUGUGACCAUCGACGUCGACUUUUGUUCUGCCGGAGAGCACGACCGCCUUAUGUAUUACAAGUGGUGUUUCUUUUCAUUUUUAUUUUUGGCUUCAAUUUUUGCGUUUUCUCUGCAACUCGCCGUCAAGGGUAGAAGAAUUAGGGGUUCCUGUUCUUAACUGCUUGAAGAUGACGUCUUAUGGAGAUAGACUGAAGUCGACCUCCAUUAAUGGAGUUAAGUUAUACAAUGUUUCUUCUGCUCCCAAUGUUCCUACUUGGCUUAAUCCUAAGAAGCAACGAGCUCUCCGCAAAAACCCUCAUUAUAUGCAAAGAGUGGAGCUGAUUCAGGAGUUGAAGUUUGAGACUGCCACUACUAGAAUCAAAGCGACUCCAGACGGAGAGUAUCUGAUUGCUUCAGGCAUAUAUCCACCACAGGUAAAAGUUUAUGAGCUAAAUCAGCUUGCUUUGAAGUUUGAGAGGCAUUUGGACUCGGAAAUAGUUGAUUUCGAGAUAUUGGAUGAUGACUUCUCAAAGCUUGCCUUCUUAUGUGCUGAUCGUUCUAUUAAUUUACACGCCAAAUACGGGAAACACCACACUUUACGAAUUCCAAGGAUGGGGAGAGAUAUGACAUAUGAUUCCUGGUCUUGUGAUCUUCUUUGCGCUGCUUCCUCACCUGAUCUAUAUAGAAUCAAUUUGGAGCAGGGAAGAUUUCUUUCUCCUCUCAGCACUCAAUCCCCAGCGCUUAAUGUCGUUUCUCGAAGCAACCUCCAUGGAUUAGUUGCUUGUGGUGGUGAGGAUGGUGCUGUGGAAUUUUUUGAUAUGAGAAUGAAAUCAUCUGCUGCUAGAAUUAACGCGGUCACACAUGGUGGUGAUGCUGCUGCGGAGGUUACUGCUAUAGAGUUUGAUGACAGUGAAGGUCUUCAAGUAGCUGUCGGGAGUAGCGCGGGAAAGGUAUUCAUAUACGACUUGCGUACUUCAACUCCCAUAAGAGUGAAGGAUCACAUGUACGAGAGCCCAAUUUUGAAUAUUAAGUGGCAACGGACUCUUAAUACUCAACAACCUAAGUUGAUUACUACCGACAAACACAUUGUUAGAAUAUGGGAUCCAAACACGGGAGAAGGUAUGACCAGCAUUGAACCGACUCAAGGAGGAAUAAACGACAUUUGUGUGUUCCGUGGAAGCGGACUUAUGCUUCUUGCUUUAGACUCUAGCCUAAUCCCAUCUUACUUCAUACCUGAACUCGGUCCUGCCCCCAAAUGGUGUUCUCCUCUUGAAAAUCUAACGGAAGAGUUGGAGGAAAGUGCACAGACAACUAUUUAUGAUAAUUACAAAUUUUUGGCAAUGGAAGAUCUGGAGAAGUUGCAGCUAACUCAUUUGAUUGGAACAGAUCUUUUGAAAGCAUCUAUGCAUGGAUAUUUUAUUAAUUACCAUUUGUACAAAAAGGCUUUAGCAGUGAUUGAACCUUUUGCAUUUGAUGAUUACUUAGAACGUAGGAAGCAAGAGAAGUUAGAAGAGCAGCGUACGCAGAGAAUCACAAAAAAGAGACGGUUGCCAAAGGUUAACCGAGACCUUGCAGCAAGGCUUCAUGGGGACGAAUCAGAGGAGGAAAAUAAAACUGCCGAGGAUGGGGAGGCCACCAAGAAAGUGCUGAAAAAGAAGAAACCCAUACUUACUGACGAGCAUUUCGUAGAUGGUCGGUUUGGUUCGAUGUUCCAAAAUCCGGUAUUAACAUAUUCUUUUCAACUUUUUUUGUUUGAUCUUUUUAUUGCUCUAUUUCACAUCGUAUCAAACGUAUUCUUGGGAAUCUCCUUUUGGUUUUCAGGACUUCCAAAUUGAUAAGGACUCAUAUGAAUAUGGUGUCCUACACCCUGUUGCUUCUUCGAAGAAGCAACCUUCUCUGUUAGAUGAACACUUUGAAGCUGUAUCAGAUGAUGACGAGAACAGUGAUUCUGAUGCAUCACAGCCUUCAGAUGACGAGGCCGACGAUGGAGACGCAACUAGGCCAAGCAAGAAAGCGAGAACUCCGAAGUUGUAUGAAGUGAAAGAUGAGCGGCAUGCCGCAGCUUAUCACAACCGCACUUCACUGGCUAAAGAAGAUAGUCUUCCUAUGGGCGAGCGUGUCAAGGCUAUAGAGAACCGGCGUGGCAACUUUGGAGGCUCGAAAGAUAUCAAAUUCGGUCCUGGAGGAUCACGGGAGUUUUCUUUCAAGGCGAGAGGGUCAUCAAAGUACAAAGAAGAUAGAGACGAUGAGUAUGAAGAUGGGCAAAGAAACAAGAGGAGAGGAGUUCAGUCUCUUGGACUGAAAUCAACAAAUAUUAGAGGCGGUUUCAGAGGUAGAGGAGGUGGUGGUUUUAGAGGGAGAGGAGGCGGCGGUUCCCGGGGAAAAGGUGGCCGUGGUGGUGGGCGUGGAAGAGGCCGGCAAUGAUAAAUGUAGCUUUUCAGGGGCUUUAUUAGAUUUGAAAAAUGUGUCACCUACUAUUGAGAAUCUUGAAACUUAAUUGAUCACAUAUACAAUUUUGGAAUAUUUUUGACCUGGUCUUCAAUCAGCACAACAGAAUUUGCUUACUUGAGGCUAAAGGUAAUUGAUUGGAAAGAGGAUGACCUAAAGUUGACCCUAGUUCGAUAAUGAUUUAUCAAUCCGCAUGAUAAAUCACCGACCGAGGGUUGUUAAUAGCUAAAUUAACAAAGCUAACAUUGAUUUAAUAAAGUAAUUAAAGAAGAUGCUUCUGGUUUUUUUUUUUGGGAGGUCAACAAAU